GCGAGACUCCUCGUACAAACGCAUGCGGGUCUCGCGCCACGUAGAGUCGUUUCUUGAGAGCCUUCGUGAGCUGUCACUCCUGACAGGAAUACCAAUAUUACACUGAGAGAAAAUACAAAUUAUUUGUUUUGUCCAAGAAAAAUACUUAAAGACAGAAUGAUACGAGCUUGAAGAUGGAAAUGACCUCCUGCUCUGAGAAAACGGACCUCGGACCUAUCAGUUUGUGGAGUUUUAUUGUUAGUUUAGUCAGUUAUAAACUACAGGUGAUCCGGACGGGUCCAGAUUCCAGGAUCUUCUCAGAAAAAAACACAAACCUUUCUGAGCCAUGCUGUCUCCCAUGUAUGCAGACAGCUCAGUCAUCAUGGAGAGAGCGCCGUCCUUGCGGAAGGGUGGGAGAGUGCAGCCACAGGGCCACAAACUGCGCUGUCAUCCUCCUACCAGCGGGAGCAGCGUUUGUGCCAACCCCACCUACUAUCAUACUGUGUAUGACAUGAGUGAUGAAGCAUGCCAGGUUGACUCCUUUGACUACAGCAAAACCAAUGGGGAAACCGUGGUGAUGGAUGGGACACUUUACUCUUUGAUGCCCAGUGAUUCUCUGGUUCCUCCUGUCAGAAGGAGAGGGGCCCUAGUGGACCACCGUGAUGUCAUCAAAGCCCACCAGUCCCAUAAAUUGCAGAGCACUCCACAAGCCAGAAGAAAACAAUGGGAAAUGGCUCGGUUCGGAGACGAAGUGCCGGCCAGGUACGGCGGCGGGGGCUCCGGUCAGGGGGGACCCGGCCGCGGCGGCAGCAGGCAGGGCGGCCCGCCAGGGGCCCAGAGGAUGUACAAGCAAUCGAUGGCCCAGAGAGCCCGGACCAUGGCCCUCUACAACCCGAUCCCGGUCCGACAGAACUGCCUGACGGUCAACCGCUCUCUGUUUCUCUUCAGUGAAGACAACAUAAUUCGAAAAUACGCCAAAAAGAUCACCGAAUGGCCUCCGUUUGAGUGGAUGAUUUUAACCACCAUCAUUGCCAACUGCAUCGUAUUGGCUCUUGAACAACACUUGCCAGAUGGAGACAAAACUCCACUGUCAGAACGACUGGAUGACACAGAGCCCUAUUUCAUUGCUAUUUUCUGUUUUGAAUCGGGCAUUAAGAUUCUUGCGCUGGGAUUUGCCUUCCACAAGGGCUCCUACCUGAGAAAUGGCUGGAACGUAAUGGACUUUGUAGUGGUGCUCACGGGUAUCCUGUCCUCCGUGGGGUCAGAAUUAGACCUACGGACAUUGCGAGCAGUCAGAGUGUUGCGGCCACUAAAAUUGGUGUCAGGAAUUCCAAGCCUGCAGGUGGUGCUGAAGUCCAUCAUGAAGGCCAUGAUUCCACUUUUGCAAAUUGGCGUGCUCUUAUUUGUGGCCAUCCUUAUGUUUGCCAUUAUUGGCCUGGAGUUCUACAUGGGCAAAUUCCACGAAACAUGCUACGACAAUGUCACACAUGAGAUUUUUGACGAACAGCCCUGUGGUGCUCGAAGCUGUCCGGAAUGGUCGAGUUGUAUGGGAUACUGGAUCGGGCCAAACUAUGGCAUCACACAGUUCGACAAUGUCCUUUUUGCCGUGCUCACUGUUUUCCAGUGCAUUACCAUGGAGGGUUGGACGGACAUGCUUUAUUACAGCAAUGAUGCCUUAGGGAGUGCAUGGAACUGGAUGUACUAUGUUCCCCUCAUCAUCAUAGGAUCCUUCUUUAUGCUUAAUCUGGUGUUGGGUGUCCUUUCAGGCGAGUUUGCCAAAGAAAGAGAGCGUGUGGAGAACAGGAGCGAGUUCCUCAAGCUCAAACGUCAGCAGCAGAUAGAGAGAGAACUCAAUGGAUAUCUGGAAUGGAUCUGCAAAGCAGAGGAGGUCAUACUCGCUGAGGAUGACAUUGGCCCCGGUGACAGAUCUCGUCGCAGGCCCACAUUAAAGAAAAACAAAGCUGACCUUUUAAAUCCAGAAGAAGGAGAGGACCACAUGGGAGAUGCAGUUGGGUCGCCCUUUGCUCGUGCGAGCAUAAAGAGCGGGAAGGGUGACGGAACUCCGUUUAACAAGAAAGAGCGCCGUCUUCGCUUCUUUAUUCGAAAGAUCGUAAAGACUCAGACGUUCUACUGGACCGUCCUCAGCCUGGUGGGACUCAACACACUGUGCGUGGCCGUCGUACACUACGAUCAGCCCGAGCUACUGUCAGACUUCCUCUAUUAUGCUGAGUUCAUUUUCCUAGGCCUCUUUAUGUCAGAGAUGCUGAUUAAGAUGUACGGACUGGGGACGCGCCCUUAUUUCCACUCCUCAUUCAACUGUUUCGACUGUAUCGUCAUCGUUGGCAGCAUAUUUGAGGUGUUCUGGGCCAUGGUCAAGCCAGGGGCGUCCUUUGGAAUCAGCGUGUUACGAGCUCUCCGACUACUUAGGAUCUUCAAAGUCACCAAAUACUGGGCGUCUUUGCGUAAUCUGGUAGUGUCUCUUCUGAACUCCAUGAAGUCCAUUAUCAGUUUACUUUUCCUUCUCUUCCUCUUCAUCGUGGUCUUUGCUCUUCUCGGCAUGCAGCUGUUCGGUGGACAGUUUAACUUUGAGCAAGGCACUCCUCCCACAAACUUUGAUACUUUUCCUGCUGCCAUUAUGACAGUGUUUCAGAUUCUAACAGGAGAGGAUUGGAACGUGGUGAUGUAUGAUGGCAUUAAGUCUCAGGGAGGGGUGGACAAAGGAAUGAUCUUCUCCGUAUUCUUCAUUGUCCUCACACUCUUUGGCAACUACACACUACUGAAUGUAUUCUUGGCUAUCGCUGUGGACAACCUGGCCAAUGCUCAGGAACUAACUAAGGAUGAACAACAAGAAGAGGAGGCCACAUCACAAAAGCUUGCUCUUCAGAAAGCAAAAGAAGUGGCAGAAGUGAGCCCACUGUCUGCUGCCAACCUCUCUAUUUCUGCAGUUACAGUAAAAUCUGAGCGUAUCGAUGCCACAGACAGUUUACUGGACUGUAAAGAGCAGCAGAAGAACUCGAAAGGUUCUAAGUCAGUGUGGGAGCAGCGCACAAGCGAGAUUCGCAGACAGAACCUGAUGACCAGCAGAGAGGCACUUUACAAUGAACUUGACGCAGAAGAUCACUGGAAGAUGAACUACCGCAACCGUCCUGACAUGAAGACCCACUUGGACCGCCCACUAGUUGUUAAUCCUCAGGAGAACCGCAACAACAAUACCAACAAGCCCCGACCGGGUGAACCAAACCCCCAGGAGCUGAACCAGCAGAGGGGUGAAGAAUACUUGCAGCACCAGCCCCGAUACCACCAUCAUCACAGUCAUCAUCAUCACCACCACCACCACACCCACUCCAGCCGCCAGUCCCUACACCACCCAGAGCAGGGGGAGGCGGGGUGCGAAUAUGUCCAGAGAGCAGGCGAGGACGUGGAGGGCGCAGGCGAGCACAGGCGGCCCAGGCACCACCAGCACCGAAGGAGGGAUGAAGAUGGAGCAGAAAGAGGGAGAAGACACAGAGAACACCACAGCAGAGGAGAGACAGGAAGAGAAGGGGAGGAGGGCCAAGAGAAGAGGCAGAGGAGGCAUCGCCAUGGAAACCAUGGGGAUGGAGAUGGAAGGAGGGAUAGGAGUCGACAGCAUCAAGCUAGAAAAGAGGCUAGUUUAUCGUUGGCCCGUCCAAUUCAGCCAGGUCUAUCUCACACGGAGAGCCAGUACAGUGAGGAUAUGGACAACUUGCGAAACAGCAGCAAGAUGGCCAUCCAUGACCCUGAUCCUGAUCUUUAUGACCCCUACUGUGACCCAGAGCAAGCCAAUAAUCUGCUGAACCUGCGUGGACCAGAUCUCCAUGACAGCAGUCUCAUUCUGACAGACUCCUCCAAAACCCCCAGCAAACUCGACCACACUGCCAUAGAUAUGCCCCCGAUUUACCCCUCACUCAACGCCAAGUUACAAGUGAACAAAAAUGCCAACACGGAGCCGGCUAAAGAAGGAGAGAAGAAAGAAGAGGAAGAAGACGAUGGUGGCGACGAAGACGGACCCAAACCCAUUCCCCCAUUCAGUUCUUGUUUCAUUCUAUCCACAACCAACCCGUUCCGGAGAUGCUGUCAUUACAUACUGACGCUACGUUAUUUCGAGAUGUGUAUUCUGUCAGUCAUCGCUAUGAGCAGUAUUGCAUUAGCGGCUGAAGAUCCUGUAUCGCCAGAAUCACCUCGAAACAACGUUUUGCGUUACUUUGACUAUGUAUUCACGGGUGUGUUCACCUUUGAGAUGCUCAUCAAGAUGGUUGUGUUAGGCUUGGUUUUGCAUGAGGGCUCAUAUUUUCGUGACCUCUGGAACUUUCUGGACUUUGUAGUGGUUAGUGGUGCCCUGGUAGCCUUUGCCUUCACGGGGAGCAGUAAGGGGAAAGACAUCAGUGUCAUCAAGUCUCUGAGGGUCCUAAGGGUGCUACGUCCACUCAAGACCAUCAAACGUCUUCCUAAACUAAAAGCGGUGUUUGACUGUGUAGUAAACUCUCUGAAGAACGUGUUGAACAUCCUCAUUGUCUACAUGCUGUUCAUGUUCAUCUUCGCUGUGGUGGCCGUGCAGCUCUUUAAGGGACGAUUCUUCUACUGUACCGACGAGUCCAAAGAGUUCGCCCGUGACUGCAGGGGCGAAUAUUUGGUGUAUGAGCGUAAUAAUGAGGUCAAAUCCCAGAAGCGGGAGUGGAAGAAGUACGAUUUUCACUACGACAACGUGCUUUGGGCCCUGCUUACUCUCUUUACCGUGUCCACUGGAGAGGGAUGGCCGCAGGUGUUGAAGCACUCUGUGGACUCCACUUAUGAGAACCAGGGCCCGAGCCCGGGGUACCGGAUGGAAAUGUCCAUCUUUUACGUGGUGUACUUCGUUGUCUUCCCCUUCUUCUUCGUAAACAUCUUUGUAGCUCUCAUCAUCAUCACUUUCCAGGAGCAAGGAGACAAGAUGAUGGAGGACUACAGCCUCGAAAAGAAUGAGAGAGCCUGUAUUGAUUUUGCUAUAAAUGCCAAACCUCUAACGCGCCACAUGCCUCAGAACAAGCAAAGCUUUCAGUACCGAAUGUGGCAGUUUGUGGUGUCGCCUCCGUUUGAGUACAGUAUCAUGGCUCUUAUUGCGCUCAACACAGUCGUCCUUAUGAUGAAGUACGACAGGGCCCCCGAAUCGUAUGAUGCAGUCCUGAAGAACCUGAAUAUUGUGUUCACGACACUCUUCUUCAUGGAGUGUAUUCUGAAAAUCAUUGCCUUUGGUAUCAAAAAUUAUUUCCGAGACGCUUGGAAUAUUUUUGAUUUUGUGUCCGUUAUCGGCAGCAUCACAGAUAUUUUAGUGACAGAGUUUGGGGAUAACUUCAUAAACCUGAGUUUUCUGAGACUCUUCCGAGCAGCACGUCUCAUUAAGCUCUUGAGGCAGGGCGAGACCAUUCGCAUUCUGCUUUGGACCUUCGUUCAGUCAUUUAAGGCUUUGCCAUAUGUGUGUCUGCUCAUUGCAAUUCUGUUCUUCAUCUAUGCCAUCAUUGGCAUGCAGUUGUUUGGGAACUUGGAUAUUACAGAAGAGGAAGACAGUGCGAUCAAUGAACACAACAACUUCAGAACCUUCAUCAUGGCCCUAAUGCUCCUCUUCAGGAGUGCCACUGGCGAGGCAUGGCAUGAGAUCAUGCUGGCAUGUCUUGGUGGAAAGAAAUGUGAUGAGAAAUCUGGAAACGAAGGGCCAGAGUGCGGCAGCAACUUUGCCUAUGCAUACUUUGUUUCUUUCAUCUUCCUCUGUUCUUUCCUGAUGCUGAAUCUCUUCGUUGCUGUCAUCAUGGAUAACUUUGAGUACUUGACCAGGGACUCCUCCAUCCUGGGUCCACAUCAUUUGGAUGAGUAUGUCAGGAUAUGGGCAGAGUACGACCCAGCUGCCUGCGGGCGCAUUCAUUAUAAGGAUAUGUACAGUUUAUUGCGGGUUAUCGACCCCCCGCUGGGCUUAGGCAAGAAAUGUCCUCAUAGGGUGGCCUGCAAGAGACUGCUACGUAUGGACCUUCCUGUUGCUGAUGAUAACACGGUGCAUUUCAACUCUACUCUGAUGGCUUUGAUACGCACAGCUCUGGACAUCAAAAUCGCCAAGGGAGGCGCAGACAAACACCAGAUGGACGCGGAGCUCCGUAAGGAAAUGAUGGCGAUUUGGCCAAAUCUGUCCCAGAAGAACCUGGAUCUGCUGGUAACGCCACACAAGUCAGCGACAGACCUGACAGUGGGCAAGAUCUACGCCGCCAUGAUGAUAAUGGAGUACUACCGGCAGAGCAAGGCCAAAAAGCUGCAGGUGCUUCGUGAGGAGCAGAACCGAACGCCAUUAAUGUUUCAGCGCUUGGAGCCAUCCCCGAACCAGGAAGGGGGACCGGGGGUGAACGGUCUCCCGGAGUUGCCGCAGGAACCUGUCAACAGCCUGCCUCCAGAGGGUGGAAUGAGUGAGAGCCAAUCUUGGGUGACGUCCCGUGCCCAGGAAAUGUUCCAGAAGUCUGUUCCGGAAAACUGGAACCCUGACAGACCAACGUAUCCUGAUGACCAUCACAACAGCCGCCAUAAUCCACAGACGGUAGAAAUGAGAGAGAUUGGCCCUGUUGGGGACGGUUACUCGGACACUGAGCCCUAUCACCCAAUGGAAGGGCAUGGGCGGACCAUCUCCAUGCCACGCCUCUCAGCAGACAACCAAAGUGUGCAUUCUGCUGCGCGACGGAGACACAGGCCUCGAGGAAGUAACCUCAGUACCAUCACCGACACAAGUCCAAUGCGCCGUUCUACAUCCUCACUGGUCCACGGACGUUCUGGUCGAGGCGUACGAUUGGACGAUUAUUCUUUGGAGAGGGUGGUGUCAGAAGAGAUUCACCGACACGGUCCGCGAAGGAGAGAGCGUGAUCGAGACCGGGAGAGAGACCGCAGUCACCGCACCUCUGAGAGAUCCCUCGCUCGCUAUACAGACGCAGACACAGGACUGGGCACAGAUCUUAGCACCACUACACAGUCAGUUGACCUUCCACCUAAAGAGAGAGAGCGAGAACGGGGUCGAGCAAAAGACCGUCGCCACCACCAUCAUCAUCAUCACCACCACCACAGCUCGGUGGAUAAAGAGCGUUACAGUCAUGAGCGUGACUACCACCGUCAUCCUCAAGACAGAUCUGAUCGCCAAUGGUCCCGCUCACCGAGUGAGGGGAGAGGGCACAGACAGGGCAGUAGUUCUGUGAGCGGAAGCCCCGUUCCCUCGACGUCGGGGACCAGCACCCCCCGGCGUGGCCGUCGGCAGUUGCCCCAGACCCCAUCCACACCUCGUCCUCAUGUCACCUACUCCCCAGCCGUCCGCAAGCCUCCAUACGGCUCCCCGGGCCAGGGUCGACUCCGCUCCCCUUCCCCGCGACACUUCUCUCCACCAGAUAUCGAACCGCCCUACCAGCGCCCACCCUCCCGCCAUGCCUCGCCUCAUCACGACUCGUCCCGGCACGUCUCCCCGCGCUCCCCCAGGCAUGCGUCACCCAGGUCCCCACGUCGCGGCCGCUGGGGCCCGCCGCCGGACAGCCUGGAGAGCGAUGGACCAUUCUAUGAUCGGGACUAUGAGUACGAGCGGCACCACGAACCACCUGCCUACGAGCAGAGCCUAUCGCAGGGCAACCCUCACCCGCACCCCCGGUCCCCAAGGACUGCUCGACACGGGCCUCCCUUACACCCGCGCCGUGUGCCGAACGGCUACCGUUCCUCCUCGCCCUCCCCGCACCGGCGCAACCCCCACCCAGGCCCACACCGGCCGGCAAAUGGCCGUGGGCCCCGGAAGGGGUUGCACGAACAGUAUAGCGAGACGGACGAGGAUGAUUGGUGUUAGUGCGCAGGGUGACCAGGAGGGGGCGCCGCUCAACUCAAACCGAGAUGUUUAUGCACCGCAGCAGGGAGAGAGGGGACGGAAGAGGAAAAGCAAAUGGUGCUUUUGCGCCAUCGUGAGACUCUGAACCUUGGAGUGGCACAUCGAGCUUCCCUACUCCCUCUCUCUCUCUAUUGCUUUCUCCUGCUCUCUAGACUAUGUUGCCCAUGCUGCUCAGCAAGCAAGGGAAUGGGAGCAUAUGAGAUAUAAAUGGGGUGGUUGCGUUUCGAUGGACUGAACUUUAAAGAUCAGAGUUGUGUUUGAACACUCCACUCCAGACUGAGCAAGACCGAUCGCUUCUUGCACGGUGGAAAAAUGAGCAACAUCAUCUGUCAAUCAAAAAAAAAAAAAAAAAAAGAAAAGAAAAAAUGAGUUUUGAAAAAAAGUUUGAAAAUCAAGCCAGAACCCAUUUUUUUCCCCUCACAUCUAUGCCUCUUGAAAAGACCCAAAAAAAAUUAAAAGGGAAGAAAAAAAUAGACAUUGUCGAAGAAAAAGCAAGUUUUCUUGUGAACAAGAGCUCUACCUACUGCAAAACCAGCCCCAUGUGCUGGCCAAUAUCGAUGAGUUUUAUCAUCUACGUUUACUGUUACCAACUCAAGACUCUGAGUGACCUCAUCACCUGGGGGAGGGGUUAACUGUCGAAGAGGCGUGGCAUACGAAAUGACUCAUAGUGCAGGCGGGAGGCGGCGGGUUGUCGUGGCACGCCGAAACCCCGCCCACAAACUGCCACUCGAUGAUAAAGGAAAAGACAGCGGAAAAAGAAUGAAACGGCAGAUGAGGGAGGGACGGAAAGACUAUUUCCUCUUCAGAAUGUCUUCAAUUGAUUACUUCUUCUUUUUUAACAUUUGGAGCUUGGUUAUUCUGUUGCAUUUGCUCAGCUUUCUUUGAUAUUUUUGGACUAAAAUCUGAUGGAAACUUGCAUGAAUGAUUUAAAAAAAAUAUAUAAAUAUAUAUAUCAGACAGAAGAUUUACUGUGGGAAGGGGGGGUGAUAGCUCUCUUUUUUCCAUUCAGUUUAAGGAAGUUCUUUCUCUCGUUCUCUCCCUGUUGCUCUUGCCAUGUCUACAGACCUUUAUGUGCAGAUGGAGUUUAUAGAUAGACGUUAAAGCAGACCUUUCUAGAUAGCGAGACAGAUCUGACGGUGUUUUCUAUGUUAUUUCCAUCUGAGGAUCCCAGAUGACGUUCUGCACUGUUUAUAAUUACUUUGGAUUGCACUAAAAACUAGCCUGAAUGGUGAAACCUCCCUCAUUACAGCUCUGUCAGCCAUGGUUGUGAACAGAGAGAAACGGGGUGAGAGAUGUUCUCCUUUCUAAAGGCUUCAUUUGCUAUUGUCAAUAACAGUAGUCUUAUAAUGAUGAAAACUAUCUUAAUGCAAUUGAUGUAGAUGACGGUGAUGCUGAUGAAGAUAGAGGUGGUCAUGUGACUUUGUUGUCUUGCUUUCAGGAGUUUUGUCUGUUGUGGCCAUCUUGUUUCGAACUCUUUGUGUUUGUUUUUGGUUCUGUUCACCACAGAUUGAAGUCUAUAAGGGGUGCGCUUCUGACAGCGUCCUGAAGUUUACGUACUUGUGACCUCAGCUGAGUAGAAUAUUCCUAUCAGUGGUGAAGAGUUUUGGUCAGAGCUCAUGAAUGUUUUAAAAGAGAGAGUCAGGCCAUUCAGGAUACCCUCGGACAGUUUUCGUGUCGGGUUUUUCAGACAAAUUCAGGGUCCAUUUCAUAUUUAUUUUUUGACAAAAAAAGAUGGUCACACAACAGUGUGAUCAGGAGAAAUUGUUUUAUAGAAGGUCAGAUUUUAACCCCUUCAAUUAUUUCACUGCUAAUGUAGAGUAAGUGCAAGUUAAUAUUUUGGGCGAUGAAUGUUGUUGUUUACUUUUUGUCCAUGUUGUGGUGCUGUUACACAGCUUUAGCCAGGCUAGACUAUGGACAAACGAUCCCUUAUGAAAAUACAGUCGCCAGAGGGCGCUAUUACAUUUGCAAAACUGUUCCCACACAGUAGGUGACGUAGCAGGUCUGUCGAAGGCCAGUCGUUUUUUGAGAAUUUUGACCUGGAUAGUCUUUGAUCAAGUAACUGGAAACGAUUCUUCCACCCUGCCUUCCUGUUCCCUGCCAUGGGCAGUUUGUCAUGUCUUUGGCUGCCUGCUCAAUCUGAGACCCUCCCCCUUCUGCUCAGGAUACAACGAUACAGCCAAACGUAUAUCUCACAGGGGUGUAGAGGUGCGGCCUUUUCAGCCUCCCCUACUGUCAUUUAACCUGUCCAGCUGACCCACACCCAUCCAACCAUCUAAAAACAUCAAGACCAAAUGUUUGUUAAAUAUCCCAUUACAACAGGGUUUUUUUUUUCCCUGCAGAUAAGGAUUUUAUUGUGCAUAGGCUACUCUUUUAUAGCUCAGGAGCCGUGUAUUUUAAGUAUCAACUUGGUCUCAGAUGUUUCUCCGAAUAUCUAGAAGAAAAAAAAUCACUAAUGAGAUAAUUGUUGCCGUGCUUUAUGAAUAUAGAGCUAUGAAAUAAAUGUGGGUAGCAUCAUUUGAAAUCGUUUGAAACUCUAGACGAAACGCAUGUGAGAUCUUUUUCUCAGGAGAAAAAACUCCAAAAGUCUCAAUUUUAUCUCAUUGCUGUCUAUGAGUAAGAAUUAAAGAGAUCUCACUUAUGAUUUUUCUUUAUGGAAUGUUUAAGAUCAGAAACCCUGACUGUAAAGAUGCUGAAGUUUCUCUUAAAGCAGUCAGCAUGUGAAUCCGCAAGGUUUCAUAAAAAUAUUAAAGUGUCUCAGAAUAGUUCACCACGUUCAUCUAAUCUUGAAGUCAGUUGGGCGGUUCUGCGUUGUCUCAUUUUCUGUCCCACUAUCAUAUGAAAUCCACAGUACAAGGGACUUUUUUCUUUUCUUUAAAUGAAAAGUGUCAUUUAGUUUAAUCCCUUCUCCUUGCCAACCCAUAUUCAAGACUUUUAGGGAGGAAACCACUGUUUUCUGGGUGUUUGUUGAUGUUCGGCCCACAUUUACCCACAGCUGGCCCCCAAUUAGCCACAGGUUUGAUGCCCAUGGGUCCAGAUGAACCUGCAGAGCCACAGUGCCUUCUGUUCUAGUGUCGCACACUAACCCUUCCCCUGCCUCUCUUCCCUCUCCCCUCUUUCUCUCUCUUAAUGUGAUGGACUCAGUCACUCUACGCCUUAACAAGUUCCCAUGUCUGCGCUGUCUGCUGGGCUUAUUAAAGACAGGGAGGCACGGUUAUACGAUAGGGGAAGAUCCCAGUUACUCUGAGAGUAAUGAAGGGAAUUGACAACCGAGUUCUGUCAGGGUGUCCAUCUCGGCUCUCUGUCUCUCUCAGCAAUGCUUCCUCGAGUGGAUGGCAACCAUUUUUUUUUUAAUUUGUCUCACCCUGCUCGUUUAGAGAGUUGCAUCGAACAUCGGAGGGAUUGUUCUACUUCUCAGGUCUUUAGCAAAAGGACAGGAAGGCUUAUUUUUGUCAGGCAUGAAUGUUAGUUAGACCUUUUGCAUGGUUAAUAUAAAGCCCAUUUAGAAUUUCUCUUGGUCUUGAAUUCUUUUGCUGAAAACACUUGAAAUGCAGCUCCAUUUUAGCUCAAGAUGUGGAUCGAUAGUUUAUUAAAAGGAUUUGGUUUUUAUUGAUUAAAAAGAGAUAGCUGAAGGUUGUGGUUUUUAAAAGAACAGUUCACUCAAAAAAGAAACUUCUGACAUGAUUUACUCUCCCUCAUCUCAUUCUUUACUAUUAUGACCUUCUUUCUUCUGUUGAACAGAACAGAAAAGGAGAAAUCUUCAAUAAUUAUUCUGGUUGCUCUAUUCUAUGCAGUUUAAAUAAAUGAGGACUGGGGCUUCUAAAAGGACACAAAAACACUGCAAAAUAUACAAUUCGGACAGUUUUCUUAUUUUUAUUAGCCAUACAAUAGAUUUGUGUAAAAAACGGACUGAAAUAAAAGUCAUUAAUCGCUAAAUAUGUUAAAAUCCACCUAAUCAGUUGAUCCAUCCAGUUUACAGUUUACUGUCAGAAUGGUUUAUUCACAAAUUUGACUGAUCCAGUUUCCUGAAGGGCUUAAAGACUUUACAGCUUUCAUGUAGAAAUUGCAGUCAUUUUCUUUUUUAUUUUGAUGUAUAUCCAUUGAAACAGCUUCUGUUUGGUGACUUUAAAUAGUGCAUCCUUUUUGUAGCUUGCAAAUUUUCUCCUGCUGUGUUUCACAGAAGAAAUUAAGUCAUAUUGGUUUAGAGACAGUAAAUGAGAGUGAAUAAAUGGUGUCGGAAUUUUCAUUUUGGGUGAGCUGUCCCUUUAAAGGUUUAUGCAUGUAACUAAGACUGGUGCAUCAUUCUUUGGCUCUGCUUGUUCAUCAGUUUGGUUCUGACCCUCUUUUGCUCUCAGUGUCAAUGCCUUUAUUGCUUUAUGUUUUUGACUCGCAUCUUCAUUUUCUGUCCCAACAGAAAGCCAUUUUCAGUUUGCAACACACACAAGUGAUCCAUCGUUGAUACACAACACACUUGCAUUUGAGCAUGUGUUGUUUGUUUUGUAUCGUCCUAGUCGAACAAAGCUGUUUUUUCUUUGUGUUUCAUACGAAAUAAGGGCUUUCCUUCAAUGGUUGAGUGCUGCCAAAACAAGUCACCCUCUAUGUAGCUACACCACUUCCUGUGGUCUCCCUUUGUACAGAACAGAAUUACAUGUGUGUGCAUGCUAAUGUGUGGGGGAAACUGGAGAAAAAGGGAGGGGGGUGAUGGGUAAUGUAGUUUUUUUUUUUGUUUUUCCCUGUAUGUAUGAGAGUGAGAACUUGAGGCACAGCUGUGGCCAGCACAGGCAUUGUGCAUGCCAAAAAAAAAAAAAAUCUUAUCAGAAAGGGAUACUAAUGAUAUUGUGCACCUUGGGUAAUUUAGUGCUGGGUUUGCCAAUCCAUUUCUGCUCAGCAUUUACCAUGGCAUACUUCAUUAUCAUCCUCAUCUGAUCCCAAUCCGAGAUUGGGUACGGAUCCAUUGCCACUUUUUCCAGAAGAUCGGAAGGGUUGGGUUCAUCCAUGUGACAGUGGGACGGUCGACUGCGAGUGUGCGCACGCUUGUCCGUGAGCUGAUUUGAAGGCAAGUCGUUUUUUAGUGCCUUACAAUGAACAGUUUCCCAUCGCCGUUACAUGACCGUAGAAACAAAGCCAUGGCGAAAGCGAAGAGAGUCAUCAUGUUUGUACCUCGACUGUCCGUCCAUGUCUGUCUAACUUAUUUAACUCUCUUCUGUAACUCUUGUAUAUCUCAUUCAUAAACUUCCUGCAACAGUCUGUGUUCAUCCUCUUUCUUCAGCAUUUCCAUGUCCCUUACUGUUUCAUUUCCUCUCGUUCUUUAUGCAUGCCAUGGUUUCUUCAUUCAAACACAUUCCUGAUUUGAUAAUACAUUGAAAAGACAUUUUUUGACAUGUAAAUGUAUUAUUAGUAAUGCUCAUAGUUACAUUAAUUAAAACAUAAAUCAUUACACAUUUAAAAGGACAGUCCACCCAAAAGUGAAAAAUGUCAUCGUUUACUUAUUAAACGUAGUUCCAAAUCUGAAUGACUUCGUUUCUACAGCGGAACUCGAAAGAAGAUAAUGAAAGUCAAUGGGGUCCAAUGUUAUUUUGUGUUUCUUCGAAAUGUCUUCUUUUGUGCUCCACAGAAGAAACACAGUAAUAGUAAAAGACGACAGAAUUUUCAUUUUUGGCUGAACGAUCCCUUUAAGUGCACUAGUUGUUCUGUCUAAGACAGAAUAGAUGCUAAAAAACAUGUAGCAGAUAAACGAGCAGAUUUCACUUAAAAGAGAAACGAAUGUUGAGGUUCUCUAAAAGGAAGCGGCUCACAUGACAGGAAGUGUGUUUUCACCACGUCAGCCAGAGUGUGCUUCUUCACAGCACUCGUAUGUGUCGAAGGGGAAAUAAGCGUGUGGUGUGAAUGUGCGAGUAUGUGAGGCGCAGCCACUGUCACCGUGACACCCACAAACCCGUCCCAUCUCUCCUUAAUCACCCAUAUCCCACCCGCCAUCCAUCUAACUAUUGACCUGAACCAUUUAAAAGCAAAAGAGGAAGUUUAAAAAGAAAAAAAGGCCAUGAUAAAGAGAGGUAUUUAAUUACUGAUUUGCAUGUGCAAUGUGCAUGCCACUAUGUGGGUUAAAAAGUCAACUUCAGGAAUUCUAAAAAUAUAAAAAGAAAUAUAAAGAAAAAGAGUAUAUAUAUAUAUAUAUAUAUGUAUAAAUAUAUAAAUAUAGUUAGAUGUUUUUAUGAGCAAUGUGUUCCUUUUUUCUUCUAUUUUUAAAAAUGACAAAAGACAAAAAAGAGCGCCAAGAGGGGGAAAAAAAUAAUACAAGAGACGAUAAAUGAUAAAUACUCAUAGAAUGUUUGUUUGUUUCUAUUGCCAACUGUUCUCUGAGAAUCGUGGGUGAGGUGAGCACACUACAUGCUGUGGAAGUGUAUUAAAGAAUUAAAAAAAAAAAAUUAAAAUAAAAAAAAGUUCAAAGAUAUCCAGUAACCCUCAGUGUGAGGGGCUGCAUAUCACUCUGAUUUAAGGAGAACUCCAAAACCCUUUUUGCUGAUGUUGAGCUGUGAAAGAGGCUGCCUGAACCUGGUGAUGUUACACAUUUAUUCUGGCUAUGAAAAAUCACCCUUUUUUCUCUCUCUUCCUCUGUCUCUGUAUCUCUCUGCUAUUUCUACCAGUGCAUUUUGUAAUUCCGAACAGACCUCUUCCUAAAGAACCUGAAUAAAAACCAGAGAGAAUGCAUUCUAAA